AUGCCUCUCGCCUCUUCAGCUGCGGCGAACUCGCGCCGCGCAUCGGGCACGUUGCCGGCUGAGGGCGCCUCUGCGACUGCUCCGCGGGUGUCUCGUCUGUCUGUGUCGGCUUCUUCGUCCCCUGUGCCCUCCUCGUCGCCUCCGCAAGGCCGUUCUUCGAAGCGUCGUCCGGCGCCUUCUGCCUCCGGGCGCCUCGGCGCUCCUCCCGCGUCCCGUUGUUCGCCGAUGCCGUCGGGCGCGGCGUCUUCUCUCUCCUCUUCAAGGCGCAGCGCGACUAGCGAAUGGCAUGCAGGCUCUCAGCCUCCGCGCGCACCAAGCGGAGAGGCGCGCGGAGGGGCGGCAAUCGGGUGCGACGCGAGUGCACACGCGUGGCUGCGGGAGUUCGCGCCGCCUCUCCGGCGCCUUCGGCACCGGAAGGAAGUCCUCAGCGAGGGUCCUACGCAAACCCAAGUCCUGCCGAACGGCCAUGACAGAAGCGUUCUAUGCCUCGAUGUGCACGCCUCAGGUCUGUUCGCGGUGUCUGGCAGCGCUGACCACGCGCUUCGCCUCUUUCGGCUCCCCGUGGCUUCUUCUUCGUCGCUCGUCGGUGAGUUAUUCCGUCCCAAGGAAGGCCACUCCGACUGGGUGACCUGCUGCACGUUCACCGCGGACGACUCGGUGGUUUCGGCGGGCAUGGACGGCAAGCUCUUUCUCUGGAACACGCAGAAGUACCUGGGCGCCUCCUCAUCCUCCACGGCUGCCGCCCGCGCGGUGCACGCUGCCGCCUCCUCUGCUGCUCCCUCGCUCUCUCGCGCGGCGCUUCCCGGCGCGUCCGCGACCGCCGGCGGGCUCCAGGUCCCGAGAGAGGGCCGCGAGCCGGUUGCGCUGCCUGAGCGAACUGUCGAGAGCCGCGCGUCCACGAACCGCAUCGCGGCGCGCGAGUUCAGGGGCGCGCAUCUGGCAUCCGUCAGCGGACUACAGCUGGCAGCGGGCGGCGCAUCGGCUUCGCCUUCGGCGAGUAAAAGCGAGUCCGUUGCACGCGGCGCUGGAGGCGCGGCUGCGACGGCGGGAUGUAGUCACUACUGCAUGACGUCGGGCUACGACGGGUUUCUCCGGCUCUGGAAUCUGCAGACGCUUCGAGAAGUCGCCGCGCUGUCGAGCGUGCCUGGGGACUCGGCACAGAUGAAUCCGCCUUCGCCUCUGCUGCACUUUGUCUGGGCGAACGACUUUGCGUGUGCGGGCACGAAGACCGGCGACCUGAAGGUGUGGGACGUCAACGCUGGUCGCCUCGUCUCGGCCGCUUUUCCGCGGACUGGGCGCCGUCCGCACCGCGCGGGCGGAGUGGGCUGUCUCCGGCUCUGGGCCCCCGACGCGGCGUGUGGGGCGGAGACAGGUGGAGACACCCUGUCUCCCCAGGGCGCGUGCGCGGUCCCGCUCGUCUUCUCAGGAGGCGUCCAAGAGGGCUCGUUGUGCGUCUGGGACCCUCGCGCCUUCGCCAACCCCGCAGUGAGUCUGCAGGCGCACGCUGGGUCGAUAAACGAGAUUCUCUUCUUGGCCGGAGACAGUGCGGCGCCCAGUCCCGACACGGUCUGCACGUUAGGGGCGGAUGGGGCCUGUCGCUUUUGGGACCUCCGCAAGGUCGCGGCUGCAAGGGCAAGCCCGCCUCUGGGCGAAGUGUCUCUGGGAGGGCCCGCGCGGGGCUUCCUGUGUGGGGUGUCUCUGGCGGAGGGUCUCGUGUGUGGCGGCGCGGGCGACGGGUCUGUGUAUCUCAUGCGCACGCCGGAUAGCGAGAAAGAAGACACAGAGGCUAUGGGGUCGCGUGGUUUAGCAGAGAAGAAAGGAAUUUGCUGGGGGUUCGGGUGCGACACCAAGGGCGCGGUGCAAGUCAUGAGGGCUGUCAGACGCUUGGACCCCGAAACAGAGGAAGGGGGAGAAAGCGCGGAAGCGACACGGCGAGAAGUCGUUCAGGCUGUUGUCACGGGAGGCGACGACGGCCAUCUUUCGUUUCUGGGGUUCGAGUGA